CCUUCAGUGUGAAUUUAGGGAACAAGAAGAGGAGGAGGAGGGCGGGGAAGUCGUAGUCCCCGUAAAUCCAGCAGAGCGGAACCUGCUGGUGCUUCGGUUGCACCGCUCCCGGGUCACAAGGAAACACUUCCGGUGCAGCGGAGCUGUGGUACUGGAGAAUUUGGUUCUGGAGAAGUGUGACUCUCAAGAGGCCCCUGGCAGUGGUGACUUGGGUCAUGGCCUCUGACCUGGACUUCUCACCUCCUGAGGUGCCCGAGCCCACCUUUCUGGAGAACCUACUGCGGUAUGGGCUCUUCCUGGGAGCCAUCUUCCAGCUUAUCUGUGUCUUGGCCAUCAUCGUACCCAUUCCCAAGUCCCACGACACGGAGGCGGAGCAGUCCGAGGCCAGAGGUGCAGAGGUACUGAAGAAGCCCAAGGCUGCUGUUCCUUCCGCCAACAAGAGGCCAAAGAAGGAGACGAAGAAGAAGCGGUAGAAGUAGAGAGGAGCCCAUGGCCUUGGCCGUGGGGGCAGCCCUCCUGGGAGCCAGCAUCCUGUUUCCUCUCCUGGACUGUCUCUGUCCUUGGCUCAGGGUCUGAGGAAACUGAAGCUCCCUCUGAACAGUUCCCAGGCUCCAGCUGUGCGGACCACCACUUCCUCUUCCUUCACUCUGUGGUGCACAGAGACUCCAAGAGCAGACACUGCCCUGGAGAGUCCUGAAGCCAGGUUGGGCUCACAGAGCCAAACAUUCACAUUAAUCCUCGGGUCCAGUGGUCUUCAGAGCAGGGCCAUCACAUUGCAGUGUGGAGCUGUUGUCUAAGGCUACAAGCAUACCCUCUCCCAAUACUUGGGUCCCUUUUUUUUUUGGUCACUUUUGUGUGCACAGAACUUCACAUGUGUUCAGCCCACUGAGUGUGGCGGCCAGGUCCUGAAGAUGUUGGGGAUAGAAGGACAGCAGAAGGCCUAGGCCCAGUGAUGCCUACAUGGGCAGGUAUUUGCUGAAUGAGGCCAUGCUUCCUGGGUACACACUUUGUAAGCCUUUGACAUGGGCUUGUCACUGUCAGAACAACCUCUUUUCAUCCAUCCCAACAUUCCAAGUGCCUUUGACUCUGAUCUGUCUUCCCUGCAUCUUUCAUUCCCUGGCCAGUAAAGAACAACUCUAUGAAGUCAAAUCCAAUAAACCGUCACGCAUGCCGAG